CUGCCACCCGUAGGAUUAUCGUUCUUCCUGUUCUUUCUCCGUCUCACAAAGGAUCCACAUGGUGGGCAAAACUGCAUUGUCAUCGUCGCCGAACGUACUUCUAUUCUACCUUUCGUCGGCUUGUUGAACGUCGUCACUCCCCGCAGCCUUCAGCCCCUUCGCCAUCAUCCCUGAGAUUUUGCAUCACUGGGCUUCACGCUCCUCGUCAAUGUCGCGACAGGCAUGCAGACAACCGCGAGGAUUCUCCACAAGUCUGCGGCCACAAUCUGGAUGCAACUCAACUUUGGCAAGUGCGUCGGCGUCGUCUUCGCGCCAACUUUUGACGGAGUGAGCCUCGCGGUCUUAACUGUCUCACUGUUCUUGAGGGCGGCCGCGCGAUUGAGUGGCGUUUUCCCUCCGUCUGUCGUGACGUUUUUUGCUGAUACGGCUUGUCAAAUAACUGCUCCGCUCACUUCUGAUCAACGAGAUGAACGGCUCAAAUUCAAGUGUUCGCCAGCGAGCUUCUUGAGCGAAGGAUACGAUACAUAGAUGUAACGCACGAGCAAGUUCUAUGAAUUUUCAGGUUCCAUGGCUGAACUCCUAGGCUCUUGCUCAUAUUCCUAGCGAACACUCUGUCGCAUGGCAUCUGCUCGCUUGGGUUCUUCUCGAAAUUCGGUAAGCAAAGUCCGAUCUAACCG